CUUGCCUUGUUCACAGAAUGCCAACACAGAAGAAGCGCCCGUUAUCCGUUUUUUACUCUGAACCGAGGAAGUCAGGAACGAACAGUUCUCUUCAUAUAUCCGCGCCAAAAAGAAAAAAGUCAAUCUUCUUCCUAUCCGCCCCAAAAUCCAAAUGAUCUGUCAUACUUCUUCUUCGAUUCACAUCAAACCAUACUACUGCUCAUCUCCCACUCCCCAAUUCCGGCCGCGUCGAGCUUCAAGUUUCGCUAUCAAAUCCCCACCCAACUCACUACGUUUCUCUACCCACCAUCAAUCGAAUGGCCGCGGGAACAUCGCCGAAAACGGUACGGGGUUCCUUCUGCGGGCCGUCGGUGAUUGUGUGUCUUCUUCUGCUUCUCAUGACGAGGGCGGGCUUGAUGCGGAGCUGGACCGCCUUCUAGCGCUGUUGACUGAACAGAUGAGAGCGCGAGUUGUCGAGCACCCUGAGUUCCACGGCUUAGUUGAGGUGGUGUUGGAUUUGGGUCGCCCGCCGAUCGCUAGGUUUCCGUCUGGGGACUUCGUUUUGUCUGAUUCUCCGAUUACGCUUCAGGAUCUCGAGUAUGCUGCAUCGCAGGUUGGUGACUUCGCCAUUGACAAUCGAGCAGGCAUCAGCAGAACAUUGCACCGGAUUAGUGCCAUAAGAAAUCGCAAGGGUGAAAUUAUUGGAUUGACUUGUCGUGUUGGUCGAGCGAUUCCUGGAAGUGCUAGUUUGCUGGGAGAUUUGGUUCAGGCUGGUGCCUCCAUACUUCUAAUUGGGCCUCCUGGAGUGGGGAAAACUACAAUUAUCAGGGAAAUUGCUCGAAUGCUUGCAAAUGAUUAUAAGAAAAGAGUUAUGAUCGUCGACACUUCAAAUGAGAUAGGUGGGGAUGGUGAUAUACCUCAUUCGGGGAUUGGAAAUGCUCGGCGAAUGCAGGUCGGGAAUUCUGAAAUGCAACAUAAGGUGCUAAUAGAAGCUGUCGAGAAUCAUAUGCCCCAAGUGAUUGUCAUAGAUGAGAUUGGGACCAAACUAGAAGCAAUGGCUGCAAGUACAAUUGCUCAACGAGGCAUUCAGCUCGUUGGAACUGCUCAUGGAGUUACAAUAGAGAAUUUGAUAAUGAACCCUUCUCUUGACAUGCUUAUAGGUGGUAUACAGGUGAAGCUUCUUAACCAAUUUACAACUGGGGAACAUAAUAUCUUGUUUGCUUGUUUGUUUGGAUUACUGAGGAACAUUUUUCAGAGUGUAACACUAGGAGAUGAAGAAGCAAGCCGGCGAGGUGUGCAAAAGACGGUGCUAGAGAGGAAAGGACCAUCAACCUUCGCUUGUGGCGUUGAGAUAAUUUCUAAAACUGAGCUGCGAGUUCAUCGCUAUCUGGAAUCAACAGUAGAUGCAAUCCUAGCAGGCCGAUCCCCUGUCGUUGAAGUACGCAAGAUGAGGUUGGAGGAUUCAGAGGGAACUACAGAAAUGGAACCAUAUACAGAGGCGUCUGUUGAAAAUAAGCCUGAUAUCUCUCAUGAAGGUCUCGGGUUGAUGGAUGAUUAUCUCAGUGGGCGUGAAUUCACAAUUGAGUCUCCGCUAAGCAUUUCAGCCCACUCUUCAGAAGGCAAUGCACCCUUUCACCUAUAUGUCUACGGGAUCUUGGAGGCAAGCGUAAUACAAGUGAUUAAUCAGCUGGAGGCUGCAGUUCAGUUAACUGAUAACAUCAGCGAGGCUAAUGCACUUCUUGCCUUGCAAUCGAAAAUCAAGAAGAAUCCCAGAAUUCAAGCAGCAGCUAAAUCACACAACAUACCUAUAUAUGUGACAAAGACAAGUUCAUCAGUCCAGAUAACAAAAGCCAUGAGGGCAUUGGUCAAUGAUCGUGAAGGCGGAUUCAAGGAUUUUGGAUUCGACAAUGACGCAAAAUCUUCGGAGAAGAUGGAUGCUUUAGAGGAGGCAAGGAUAGCAAUCGAACAAGUGGUGAUCCCGACAGCACAGCCUGUGGAGCUACUGCCCAGACCAUCCCACAUUAUCAAUCUCCAGAUGGAGUUCAUCCAGAAGAAUUACCAAUUACAGUCUGAGAAAAUCGGCAGAGGGCCAGAGGAGCGCGUACGAGUCGUACCAUAUCAGGUUCGUAAUGGGAAACCCAGUCGCGUCUCAAACGAGACUGAACAUCAUGAUGAUGAGUUCUCGAGCAAUGGAUCGCUCUAUUCAGCGGAGAAGCUACCUUUGUUGCCAGAUUCUUCUUGACUGAGAACUAAUACUUGCUGAUCAGUGAGAAAAGUGUAUUUUAUUAGAUAAGAAGCAACUUGAAAGGGUUUCCAAAUUUCAGUUUAGGAGUCAUACUCAACAGAUAGUCAUAUUGAUUGAUACAAUCGUACAAUGGAAAAGCCCAGCCCACGCGAGGUAAUUGACGGAAACUGACCCAAGUUAUACGGCCCAAAAAGGCCCAUUCUAGCAGCGAAGUAGCUGGCAGGCCCAUGCAAUGUGACUGCCUGAGCCACCAUUUGAACGGCAAACAUGCAUGCAAUUGCAAGGAACAGUGUCGUGGCAUUAAGUGACAUCGGUGCUCGAAUGCACGAC